AUGGAGCAUAGUGACGGCGAGACCGCCGCUAAGCGAGCCAAGCUCUCCUCCAGCGGCAGCGAGGACCUCCUCAGCGCGCUAUCCGACGACGUUCUCAUUCACAUCCUUCUCAGGCUCCGCAACACCGCCGUCGCCGCUCGGACCAGCGUCCUCUCCAGCCGCUGGCGCCGCCUCUGGGCCCUCCUCCCGGGCCUGGACUUUCUCCCCGACACCAACCCAUACAGCAUACCCGCCGUCCUCGCCGCCCACCAAGCGCCCGCCCUCCGCUCUCUUCGCGUCCUCGCCAGGGACGCCUCUGCCGAUUUCAUGGCCGCGUGGCUCCCCAUCGCCGCCCGCCGCCUCUCCGGCGAUCUAUUCUUCAUCAACACUGUGUCGCCGGACGACGAGGCCGGGGACAGAGGCGCCUUUGAACUGCCAUGCUUCGAGAACGCCACCUCGAUCUCGCUCCACUUAGGGUUUCUUGGCAUUGCAGUGCCAGCCUCCGCCAUAUCCUCUCGGCUCACCGAUCUUCGCCUGUAUAGCUUCCAGGUACAGGGUCCGUGCCUGCUCGGCGACGUUGUAUCCUCGGCGUGGUCCCCAUGCUUGCAAAGGCUCACCAUCAACGAUGCCCGAGGCAUCGACAAAUUCACCAUCUGCUCAGAGUCUCUCCUGCAGUUGAAGCUCAAGGAUCUAGAUGGCCUGCAGCAGCUCACUGUCGUGGCGCCGACACUCAAAGAGCUAAGUGUGAUCCUUUGCUUUGCUCCGAAUCAACCUAUUGCUAGCGUCUCAGCGCCUGAGCUGGUGUCGCUCCAGUGGAAUGAUGCUUAUGAUCCAUGCUCUGUCCAACUUGGCGAGAUGGCACAUCUACAAUGUCUGCACGCUGGCAUUUUUCUCGUAUAUGGACCAGUUGAUUUUACACCCAAUCGCGAUUGCCUGAGGAUCUUGCAGGACUUCAAGGUCAUGCACAGUCUAACCCUCCUACUGCUCUAUAAUCCGGAUAUAGGUAACAAUCGAUACUUGAUGGAAGACAUGACAAGGCUCCCUGACGUUACAUGCUUGUCCCUGACUGUGAUGUCAAACGGACAUUGCUUUGGUGCCAGCUCAUUCCACAUUCUCGGACUGUGUACUGGUGUAAGAAAGUUGGCACUCAACUACUUUGAGGCGCAGACUCCAUGCCCAUCAAGUUGCAUUUGUGAUCAGCCAACACACUGGAAAAUCGAGAAACUUGUGCUUGAUCGCCUCCAAGAAGUAGAAAUUAGUGAACUAUCAGGAACUGAACAUGAACGUGAUUUUGUGCAACGCUUAUUCAGUUGGGCAACGGCCUUAAAAAAGAUGACAGUAUAUUUUCAUCACUCAAUUACGGAAAGCAAGGCCAAGGGGUUGUGCCAGAUGUUACGAAGCUUCUCCAAAUCGGAACUGCAUAUGGAAUUUUAUGUGCACCGCUGUUUGGUGGGGAAAGUUCUGUAUGUUCCUGAAGAUUAA